AUGCAAACAUACGACUACAGCAGCGCGGCACAUGUGGCAAAGGAAGUCAUGUCCCGGCUCCCUAUGCCUCCUCCGGACCGCCUCUGCGGCUCAUGUGCAGCGCUUGACCUCGAGUCUCUUGUCACUGCGCCAUGGCUGACAAGCGAGGACGCCCGCCAGGCUCACGCCGCGCGCCCUGCCACAGACUUCGAGCUCAAGAUUGUCGAGCGCAGGUCGACGCGCUGCCAGCUCUGCCAGCUUGUCGCCGCGUGCGCCCGCAUGACUGGCGACGAGGACGCCCUAAAGGACAAGCACUGCUGCAUCCGCCCAAAGCUCGUAUGGGCGAGCCCGGCUCGGCAGGCUGACGCGCCCAGGCUCGUGCACAGCGGACAGCUCUACGUUUGGUUCCAUGAGCUCAAGAGGAACCAGAAGAUCGCUCCGCCAGUAACCCCUGCAGCUAAGAAAUCGCAAACACGGGGGAAGAAGCGCAGCGGGCUUUCCGAUCGCGGGGUAAGCAAAAGUGCGCGAGACCAGUUGCCUGAUGCGCUUGGAGAUGGUGACGUAGCACUAUCAAGUGGAAGAGAACUUCGAGAUACCCCAGGAUCAGGCCCAGAAGCAGCAGAGAACAAAGCAGCAGAGAACGGCGCAGCGAAGAAAGAAGCGGCAGAAGACGAAACGUUGAAGAACGAAGCAGCAGAGAACAAAGAAGCAGAGAACAAAGCAGCAAAUGCCAUCAUUGAGUCGGCUGUGGGAUCAUGGAAGAUUGAUAUACUAGGCAAGGCAUUUGACAGCUUUCGCCUGUUGACCCAGCCUCAUGCCGACCUCAACAUGCUGCAAUCAUGGUUCAAUUGCUGUACCCGCACUCACCAGCACCGACAGGAGUCGGAAGACGUAACUGCACGUCUUGCUAGUAUCUGCAACAAGAGCCUAUUCAGGGUAAUCAACACCUCCACCGGCAGACUCGAAGCACUGAGCAACUGGAGAGAUUUUGCUGUCCUCCCAUAUGUCUGGGGGACGGUCCCUGGACGCUCGCACCGCCGCAGCGCAGCUCAGCAGGGCCUAGGAAGCUAUGCCCCCACUCUACGAGAUGCUGCACAGCUGGCCAAGGCGUUGGGGAUAGAGUGGCUCUGGGUAGAUCGCAUCUGUAUCGACCAGAAGAACGACAAGGAGAAAGCAGCCCUGAUUCCUUACAUCAAAGAUAUUUUCGCUGGUGCUCAAAUCACCAUCGUUGCUGCCUGUGGUGAUGGUGCACACACAGGGCUCUCUGGAGCUCCCGGAACGCCUCGGCCCCCAGAGACAUCUUACUUGGCCAUGGUGAAGAACACACCACUCGUCUCGCCCCGGCGAGGCAUAGCUUCAACACUCUGA